CCAUCAUAUCAAUCUUUCAUUCAUCAACAAAUACAGCGCUGACAAUCUAUAUUCCAACUCCUAGUGAAUUACCUCGCUCUAGCCAAUCCUGUUCGCUUUUUUCCGUAUUGUACUCAAAGUCGCUCUAGGCCCCGUAAUUUAGAUCUAACCUGCCGGGAAUGCCUAUCGGCAUACAACGCCUCAAUGCCAAAAAGUCACAACCAAACCCAAAUGUCAUCUUCAUAAAACCGUUAAAGGGCCCAAAUGAAGCUACUGCGCAGGAUUUCCUGGAGCGCAUUGCAGCACAAUGCGUACCAAUCAUGAAAGAGCAUAGCAUAUCUAUCAUGUCGCUCGAGGAGUACGAGCCGAACCGCGAGUUCUGGGGCCGCAAUUUCAACGCGGGUGAGGUCAUCCAGCUCGUGCUCCGAUCCCCGCUCACUGGCCGGUGGCUGCCGUUUGAGCACGUGCAGAUGGUGAUGAUGCACGAGCUCGCGCACUGCAAGCAGAUGAACCACUCGCGCGCCUUUUGGGCCGUGCGAAACCUGUACGCCGACCAGAUGCGUACCCUCUGGGGCCGGGGCUACACCGGAGAGGGCCUCUGGGGCCGCGGCACAUCGCUCAAGACGGGCGACUGGGAGGCUAACACGAUGCUGCCGGACGAGCCGCUGCCCGAGCACCUGUGCGGCGGCACUUACCGCUCUCGGCGGCGCAAGAGGAAAGGUCCGGAGUUGACGUACCAGCAGAAGAAGGAACGCAGGAUCUUGAAGAAGUUUGGCAAGGGCGGCGUGGCGUUGGGCGAGGACCAGGGCGUCAAGGCUGAGCUGGAGAAGGGCAAACGGACGGCCGCAAAGCCGAGGGUUGCUGGUAGCAAGCGUGGAAGGGAGCUGAGGGCCGCGGCUGCUUUAGCGCGGUUCGGGCAACAACAGAAGAGUGAAGAGCCGGAACCGGCGGUGAAGAAGGAGAAGAAACAGACCCAGUUAAACACUGAGCCGAUCACCAUCAAGGAUGAGUACGAUGUUUCCACCGCUUCCGAACCCGACACAGACGAGGAUUACGAGGACGAGCCGGGUGAACCGGGACUACCGGAUGCGGUCGAUAUUGACGGCAAGACGACGCUUGUGGACAACAAUGGCCAUGGUAUGGUAAAGGUCUGCGAGGACGAGAAUCCAGAUGAUCAGGAUGCUAGGCAAGAACUGGCAGAGCUGCGGUCGACAUUUAGGGGGAAACCUUCAGCUGCUGGACCGUCAAAAGGAAAAUCACAGGAACCAGUUGUCAUCAAGGAAGAGGAUAUUUCUACUGCUUCGGAGCCAGAUACCGACGAUGAGCGGCGUAAAACGACUUUGAAAACGACAACUUCACUCAGCAGCGACCAACCGAGCAUCACUGGUGGCAAAGGCCGAAUAUCAAGUAACCGACCUGAUGGCAAAAUGGCUCCCAAAAGCGAUAGCACGGCGUCAGCGUCGAAAGCAUAUAGGCCACAAAACUCUGAUAAACUCAAAGCUGAGAGAUUGACAGUAACUCAACCUUCACCGCCUGUCCCCCAAAGGCCUGCUGAUUCGCCAGAAACAGGAUCAUCAUCCACGCCAAUCAUGGGAACCAAUGCCCAUGGUCCUUCUUCUGCUACUUGCUGUGUUUGCUCGUUCGCCAAUGAGCGAGGAUCCUUCCGAUGUGCGGUUUGCUCCAAUGUACUCGACCCAGGCCUCGACGCCAAGUCUUGGCGAUGUAGCAGCGAUGUCUGCGCGGGCAGCGCAUACGUCAAUGCCGGUGACUGUGGCGUAUGUGGUGUGUGUGGGCAGCGGAAGAGUUCUGGAGUGUAGAUAAGCUCGAUUUGGAGCCAUGGGCUCUUUUUUGGGGGGAGGUCGUGUUGUACAAUAUACCUACAUGAUCGUCGUUGGUAUUUGUUAUGCGUCUACCAGUAGACUGGACAUGUCCACAGGAGUGCGUUGGGCUUGCUUAGAUGUAACAGGA